AUGAGUAUCAAGGAGAUUUGUUUUUUGUUAACGAGCACGUUAUGUACUGUUGUUAUUUGCAAAAUAAUCUUAAUGGAUGGAACUAAAACCAUAAGGCGAAGAACUCAUGACUAUGAAUUCAACGAAAAUAGUCAGUUCAAACGAAAACGAAAAAAAGAAACUGAAAGGGAUAAUACAAACUCGGUGGAAAUUCCAGGUGAAUCUCAUGUAAUAUUCACAUCAAAAAAUACUGGAAAUAAUCAUUAUUGGAGUCAAGAUACUUCAAGACAUAAUACAAAAUGUUUUUUCCCAAAUGGAACUUAUGGUGAAUCAAGACUUGUUGAGAAUAUACAGAAUAAUAAUAAUAGCAGUGGAAGACGUUUUUUGUCUAGUCCACAAAAUGGACACAACAAAGAAAAGCUUCCUAAUUUCACUAUUGGACGUACAACAGCUUCUGAAAUCCAUUCUUCACUACCGUCGCUGCCUCCUAGCUUGAGAGAACCAGAACGCAUGUUACAUGUUCAACGUUGGAUAAAUAGUAUCCCCCCUGAUUUACCAUCCUGGAUACAAGUAUCACAUAAUAAAAUAAUCCCGGUUACUAAUCCACGUGAAUCUUAUGCUGAAAUAGAAGAUUCAAUCAUAUCUGAAAUUCCAGAUACAUCAGAUCUCGCUUCUAACCAUGAUAUUUUAGACUGUAGUCCUGGUUGUAAUUUAAACUCUGUCAAUCAAAAUAUGAACUAUUAUUCUAAGCAACCAAAUAAUCAUUCAUCUAAUCCUUCUGCACAAAAAUCAUUAACAAAAAUUCCUGGCGUUUCAGUUGCUCCUCCUCUACAACCACCUCCGUUUCCACCGUUACCACCACCACCUCUGCCACCUCCGACACAGUCACAAUCAUCUCUUCCACUACAAUUACAUUCAUCUAUUCAACAUGGGCAUAGCAGUAAUAAUAAUAAUACUUUAGGUAUAAUUCCUUCAAAAUUUUCUACUAUACCAAGUGGUAGUACAGUUAACUCUCAUCAAAAUCUACUUACUCCUAUACAAUCAAAUCAGGAUAUGAACUUAUCGAAUCAUCCUCAUCCAUUUUGUAUGAAUAAUGACCAUAACCAAUUGAAUUAUUCAUCUAGAGAUACAUUAUUAAGUCAUCAUAUUGACUGUGAACCAAAUCAUACUGAUAAUAGUAUUCAUAAUAGUCAAAGACAUCCUAUUGGUGAUUCCAUGAAUUCAAGUGGACGAUUAUUCAAUGAUAUGGAAAUUCAAAUGAUAGUUAAGAAAAAAGACAAAAACAAACGAAAGACUUAAUCGAUCAAAACACAACUGUUUUGUAAAGCUGCAGAUCAAUUUACUUAUUUAUUCACACUCUACUUCUAAUCAGCCGUAGUUCUAUUCGUGUUCAAAUUGCACUCUUCCAAUAUUAUACAGUUUGUCCCUACGUAAUUUGUUUUGCAAAGCCCGCAUUUGCUUAUCGAUUUGAAUUUAUGUCCUAUAAUUUAUACUUGUAAUAAAUGAGUAUAACAGAUUAUUAAUUUUUUAAAAAUAUGCCCAGAUGAUAUUGUACAUUAAGGCAAUGAAUAAGUUAGAAAACAAAACACUGCCAAAAUACUUCGACUGAACUACAUUAUCUUCUUCAUCCUCCUAAAAAUUAGUAAGUAUUAGGCAAAAAUACAAUAAAUACAUAUGUGAUCAUGUAAGUUAUUACACCCCUAACAUCUUUGAUUUUCUGUUGACUUGAACCUAAAAUAUAAAGAAAAGUAUUCAUUCGAUGACUGUUCUUUAUGAAGCAUCUCUUCAAAUCCGAUUGAAUAAACAUUAAACAAUACAACUCGAUAACUGUUCAAAUUUUUCAUUGGCUUUACAAACUAGACCUAUUUUAAGACAAUGAAUAAAACCCAAUCGCCUAAAACAAUGUUGUAUAAGCACACAAAGAAGAGUAUCAUCAAUUAGAUGUACAUAUGGUGACAUAUGGUUAAGGUAUUUUUCAUGACGAAACCUUGGAGAUGAAAAGGUAUUAAGAAGCUAUAUUUCGUUCUUGUGAAAGCAUCUCAAUGAUGCGUGUACCCAUGAAUAAGUGCAAGAUCUUCGCGUUUUUAUUUUUCGGCUAGCUCUAUAUACUGUAGCAACUAUCCUACAACCAAAUUCGAUUAGGGUUAAUUUUGGUUAAAUCCUUUGACUAACUUACUUAACAGACAAUGUCAUUUGAAUAGUAACAAUUCGGAUAUUUAUUUGUUCUGUUAUGAUCACUAGAGCACAUAACAAACUCUAGCUAAAAUGUUGAUUGCUUAAAUAUCAUUCAACAAUUCAUCCUCCACCCCAGAUAUGUAUGCACUCAAAUCCUAUUAUUAGCUUUUGCUUUGUCUUGCUGCGCCCUUAUACAAUGAGACUAUACAUUUGCCUAUGUAACUGCUCGCAUAUACUUAUUCGCCUAUCCGCUUCAAAUUCUCUCGAUGUGCUUAUAGCUUUGUGGCCUGUGCUAUCCGAUAAUAAACUGUAGUUGCCACUUCUCUUCGCCUUCUGAUUUCAAACGCCGUUGAGAUUUAUACUGUAACGGUUAUCGAGGUGAAUGAUUAGUGAAGCAAAGCCACUAUAAUACCUU